UAUUAGCAGAACCAAACGCACCGAGUGACGAAUGAAACGGGGUUGGGUUUGCUUUGCACCCUGUGGUCCAAACAUCGACGGUUUUAAGGAGCGGCCAAUCAGAAGCCAAAGCAGUAAUUUAAAACAACCAUAAUGAUGUCGCUAAUAAUGUUUGUUUAAGGAAUACGGUGUACGUGGCGGAGCAGGCAGGAGACACGUACUAUGGAUUGGCUGGCUCCCCUGCUCUGCCUCCUGUGAUGCGCCAGCCAAGAGGCCACGUUAAAUCAUUUUUAAAUUACGAAAGUAAAGGCCCAAAUGAUAAUAUAUAUGGUUUGAUAGGUGGAAAAUAAUGUAUAAUAUAUAUGGCCCAAAUUAUUAUUAUUAAUUAUUAUUAUUUACGUUGAAUUAUUAAUUAUUAUUAUUAUUAUUGUGUUAUUACUUUGUUUACUUUAGCUAAGAUAUUGUAAUGCGUGAACUCGUUAUUAGGAUAAAAGGAAGCUAGCAAGUUUCACAAAAGGAGGAUUUGAUCGAAGAACAUGAAUAAAAUUAGGAUUUGACACCUUGAGACAUGAAUGAUGAAGUUGUAAUAUUAACUAGAAUGUAUUGUAUAUAAAUGAAGAUAACUUAAAUUUAUUAUUUAAUUAUGGUUAGGUGAUAGAAAUAUGAACUAAUAUUGACGAGAUUUAGAGUUCAAACUUUAAACUCUCACUAGCAUCCAACUGCAUAUCAAUAUGUUGUUUUCUCGAAUCGAGGUGGAUCUCUGGGCCCACCUUGUUGUGUAUUGGUUUUGCCCCUACCUCAAAUCGUACUAUAGUAUUCACUAUCUGAAAUGUCUAAAUAUAGAUAUACUACUCCUUUACCCGCAAAUUGUACCAGAUAAGUUGAUGAUAUUACAUUUUGUGAUUUAGCCCUUUCGUACUAGUAAAAUUCUAUACUUGAUUAGGCGUUUGCCUCAAGACUGGAUCUCUGUUCUGAGUGUAUUGUCACCACUAUUGUAAACCUUUUUAGAUUUUGGUUUAAUGCAGAAUCUCUUGUCAAAAAAAAAAAGUAGCGCUUGCCGAUCGAAUCGACAGUAGGAUAGCUAAUUACAAUUUAUCAAAGUGGGACCACCAUUAUUAACAUUUAACAACACCCAACAGCCAAUCAAAAUCCGAAAACGCAGCAAAGAAGAAAGGAGGAUUCCACGACCCACGCUCCACCUAAUCGCGCGUGCAGCCACUCCUUUCAAACCAAUACCAUUAAUUUCAUCAUUAAACUAAUCACCUCCCCUGAAAAUAUCUAACAGCAAAGCCGAAGCCCAACCCUGACGUGUACCCACAAAAGAUUAUAAAAAGCGAAGCCCAGUGGGCCCACCACCCAAUCUCGCGAAAAUAUCACAACCGUCAAGAUCUCUGCCACGUUGCCGUCUUUGCUCUCCCCACCGUUUAUAUAUUUAUUACGGAACGGUGAAUCCGUUUCGUUAGAAAGAAAACGGGACCGGAAAGGAAAAAUAAAAAAGGGGCACUCAGGACUCAGCCAUUCAACUUAGCCCUCGUGUGCCUUUCACUCUGCUCUCCCUCCCUGAAAAGAGACAAAAGAAAGAAGAAAACAGAGCAACAAGCCGCCGACGACGACGGCGAAAGCUCGGAAGGAGGAGGAGGAGGAGUUGUUCUUGACCGUUUAUGGGAUGGAAGGGAACAACGGCGGCGACGGCGGCGAAACCAGCACCAACACCAUCGCGCCGUUCGUUAUGAAGACGUAUCAGAUGGUCAACGACCCAUCGACGGACGGACUCAUCUCCUGGGGGAAAGCCAACAACAGCUUCCUCGUCGUCGACCCUCUCGAUUUCUCCCAGCGAAUCCUCCCCGCUUACUUCAAGCACAACAAUUUCUCCAGCUUCGUCCGCCAGCUCAAUACCUACGGGUUCAGGAAAGUAGAUCCGGACAGGUGGGAGUUUGCGAGCGAGUGGUUUCUAAAGGGACAGAAGCAUUUGCUGAGGAAGAUAGUGAGGCGGAAGCAAUGCAAAGGGUCGAGGUCGAUUGAGGAGUUCAUGAUGGAGGGGAACGAGGAGAUGGCGAUGGAGAUUGGGAGGUUAAAACAGGAGCAGAGAGCGAUGGAAAGGCAGCUGGAAGGGAUGAGCAAGCGAUUGGAGGCGACGGAGCGGCGGCCGGAGCAGAUGAUGGCGUUCCUCUACAAGGUCGUGGACGACCCUGACCUCCUCCCGCGGAUGAUGCUGCGGAAGGAGCGGAGUAAUCGGCGGCAGCGGCUCCUCGCGGCGGGGCAGAAGAAGCCUCGGCUGGACAUUUCGUCGAACAAUUCGUCGUCGUCUUCAUCGGCCGGUUUCGCGGCGGCGUCGGUGAAGUCGGAGGAGGAAGUGGAAGGUGGGGGGUUUGGAAUUGGAGGGUUCGUGUCGUCUCCGGAGAAAGGGUUCGGCAGGGUGCAGUAUUCGUCGUCGCCGGAACCUUCACCGUCGCCGGAGACGGUGAGCGGUUCCGGGUGGUGUAUUGGGGAGGUUAGCUACCGUCGUCCGGUCGGCGGUGGGGGGAGUGGGGUUGCUUUCACGACGUCGAGUGGGGGCGGGUAUGGUGGUGGUGGGGAAGUUAGUUAUUUCGGAGGGAUGGCGGCGGCGGCGGCGGAAUCCAGACCACCGCCUCCGCCUCCGCCUUAUCCGUUCUCACUUUUAGGUGGUGAGUUUUAGAUGCUCUGUUAGUCUGUUUGUUUAUUAAUUACGUGGACUUUUUUUUCCUUUUCUUUCUUAAUUUCCAUUUCCCCCUUUGCUUCUUCAUUUCAUAAUAUUUUUUUGGCUCUAAUUAUGUUGAUAAUUAGGGUUAGGAUAUUGGAUGUUGCAUAACUUCUGUAUGCAGCUUUUUUUCCUCCAUUGCUAGAUUGGAGAUUAAUCAAAAUAAACUGUGACAACUCCUAACUGUAGCUUUAGAGGUUAUCUUGUUAACAUCUAAGUAGUUAGCGCCAUUCUAAUCAUUAUUGUAGUAGUUGAUUCAGUUUCUUCCCUCGUUUCAUCUUCUUCAUUAAAUAGUAACAUAGUUGGUGUUUUUUUUUCUCCAUUUGAAAUUUCUUUUUUUGCAAUUAAGAUAUCUCCAUUCUGGCAUAUCUUCCCCUUCUCUCUUUCUUGUUCCCUCCCUCCCCCCAUCCACGCAAGCGUCGCCCCUCUUCGUGUCACUCGCUCUUUCCCCGUCGCCUCCAUAAUCUCGUAAAACAAGUCAAUGCGUCGCUUCGUUGCUCUCUACACCACCGACUGUCGAGGGAGUCUCUCUAUGCCCCCAUGGAAAAUGCCCACUAACCACCAAUGUCUACAAAAUGCUCCCUGUGCGCCGUUUAUUCAUAGAGUGUCGAAUGGUGUCUAGAUCUGAGUUCUCUUGUUCCUAUGUCGAGAUCUGGCCUUCAGGGGAGCAAUGUAGUUGUCGAUAGAGUGUUGUAUGACCGUUAUAGUUGUCGAUCAAGACGGUAGUUGUCGAUUAGACUAAUGUCAAUUAUUAUAGUUAUCGAUUAGGGUUUCGUUAUCGUAAUUAUCGUCUAUAGAAACAUAGCAUUCAAACGUAACAUUAACAUAAAAAAAAAAAAAAAAACAUCAUUGAAUCCUCACCCUCAUUUUGACCUCCACAUCAAGCGGCCGACAUCUGGUCAGCAGGGCCUAUCUCCCUAGACACAGACACAGAGAAGGCCGGCCAGGACAAAGUGGUCAUUUUCCGGCGAGGAAUACAGAAUCCUGAAUAGGAUGAAGUUAUUUCAUUGUCGAAUGGGGGCAUGACAGCUGGAGAAUGGCGACUGUACAGGUUCGCAAAAAACACACACAGUGACACAGAGUCCCCAUGAAAGCAAUUAAGCAAAGCAUGGGGAUGGGCGGCGGGCACUGUCCCCAGCUCUACCGCAAGUGGCAAUCCAAGUAGAGUGUGCAACAGACAACAGAACUGCGCAGCAUAAUAUUAACUUCUCCUCGAAUUGAAACGAACGUAAAAUGGGAAACUUAAGGGUGAAAUAUUUGUCCUCUCGAUAUUCUCAUUUUGGCCUUUUAUCAAAACGCCCUGUGGAAGUGUAUGACCUGCAAAAAUAUCGAUGCUUGUGAAAUAGACUGGAAAAAUAUUGUAUUGUAGUUCGAAUUGGUAGGCAGCUUUUGGAGGUCUGAAACGAAUGAAUUACGGUUUCAAUGCAAUAUAUGAUAUGGCUGAAGUUUUCGACACACAAUCUCCGAUAUGAUUUACAAUUGGCUGGUAAUGGAGAAACAUAUUAGAGAAAGUCUUAUAUAAGGAAUGAUUUUUAUUCCAUCUACUUGAUACAUACUUUGGAUUUGUCCCAGUUAUUUGAUGCAUACACAACUAACCAAUACUAUUAAGAUAUCGUGAAUACCCGACAAAUCGAUAAGAGCUAGCAUUUCAAUCAUAUAGCUCUGUCAAUGGUAAGUUGGAUAUCGAUCCUAAGAGUAUAUCAUAUCAACCCCGUGCAUUUUAUCACUUACGAGUCGGUUCAUGAUGUCCAUACUUAGUAAUUGAUUUAAGCACAAGAUUUUGGGUAUUCAAACAUUGACAAACUCAUGGUCAAUUGAACUUUGUUUAAAGAAAAAAGUGAGAAAAUUUUAUAAAAAUUCAUGUGUGAGAAAAACACACAUCGAGAUUAGUAAGAGUUGGUGAUCUCACGAGUUGUUUCUUGUUUGGUGUUUCGUUUUUUGUUGUUGUAUUUCUCAAGUACGAUUUCCUUUCAAUCAUUGGCUAGUUCCUCAUAGGAUGUUUUACUCUUGUUUUGAAUUCAAUGUUUAUUUAUGUACCUAUAACGGAUCAUUCAAAGUACAAAUACAAGAUUAUCUUCGAAAAAUUGUAAUAGUUGGCCUGUAAACGACUUUUGUCUUACACCCAUUCUUAGAAAAAUCAAGUUUACUAACCGAUGGGGUAUUGUUAGUGACCGACGACAGAGUGGAUACAUAGCAAAAGUAGCAUUUCAUACAUGAAUUUUGAAUUUUAAUUGGCAACAAUAGUAUGAUAUGAUGAUAUAACAUAUGAUCACAAUUCACAACUAAUCAAUCCAUUAUCCUAAC